CAGCAACAUGCGGAACGUGACCAUUACAGCACUUGUGGCACUUGCUCUCCUCGCCGGUGUGGCUAUGGGGAUGCCGACACGGAGCUAUGACUCUUGCAUGGCUGUGACCCAGCUGUCGAGCUCGUACAACUACCGGCUGUACUGGAACCAGCUGAACUCGUCUUCCACGAGCAUUUCGAUUGCCAUGGAGGCGCAGGUUGGUGGAUGGGUCGGCUUUGGUGUGGGUGGCGAGCCGACUAUGAUCGACAUCGACACGCAGGUGGGUAUGAUGGCCGGUGGCGGUGUGGUUGUCGACGGGUACUCGGACGGGCCGAACCAGCCGCCGAUGGACACCAACAACGACAACACCAACGUUGCGGUCAAGUAUGAGAACGGCAUCCUCACUGCCGAGUUUGAUCGUGUCCUCAACACCGGCCAGGUCAAGGACAACGUCUGGAUUGCCGGCUCCAACUCGAUCGUGGCUGCUGUCAACGACGGCACGCCACCCGAGGUCGACUCCGAGUACUCGCGCCACGAUGAGGCUGUCCGCUUCCCGGUCGACUUUACCACCACCUCGUCGUGCCCGCCGCCGCCGCCGCCGGCCUCGCCGCCGCCGCCCUCCAACUCGCCGGUGACGACCAACUCGCCAACCGUCUCUGGCUCGGCCUCCGCCGUUCCGAUGAUGAUUCCGGCCGUCCUCGCCGCCAUCGCCGCCAUUGUUGUGGCCAUGGCCUAG